AGGAGGGCAUGGGGCCUUGUUGUUGGUGUCAGUGAUGGCGGCUGCGGCAGUGGUUGCUCCUCAGGCUGAGGCCUCGGAGUCGUGGUACUUAGCCUUGCUUGGAUUCGCCGAGCAUUUCCGUACCUCCAGCCCGCCUAAGAUCAGGUUGUGUGUGCACUGCUUGCAGGCCGUCUUCCAGUUCAAACCGUCGCAGCGUAUCGAGGCCCGCACUCACCUGCAGCUGGGCUCGGUGCUUUACCACCACACCAAGAACAGCGAGCUGGCCCGGCAGCACCUCGAGAAGGCGUGGAUGAUAUCGCAGCAAAUACCGCAAUUUGAGGAUGUAAAGUUUGAAGCAGCAAGUCUUCUGUCAGAGUUGUAUUGUCAAGAGAACUCCGUGGAUGCUGCGAAGCCACUUCUCCGUAAAGCUAUUCAGAUCUCUCAGCAGACUCCGUACUGGCAUUGCCGGCUGCUCUUCCAGCUUGCACAAUUGCACACCCUUGAGAAAGACUUGGUGUCAGCAUGUGACCUGCUGGGAGUUGGGGCUGAAUAUGCAAGAGUGGUGGGCUCAGAAUAUACAAGAGCAUUGUUCCUGCUCAGCAAAGGAAUGCUUUUGCUGAUGGAGCGGAAGCUGCAAGAAGUGCAUCCUUUACUUACGCUUUGCGGGCAGAUUGUGGAGAACUGGCAAGGUAACCCUAUUCAGAAGGAGUCCUUACGAGUGUUCUUUCUGGUUCUGCAAGUGACACAUUACCUGGAUGCUGGACAGGUGAAGAGUGUAAAGCCAUGCCUCAAGCAGCUUCAGCAGUGCAUCCAGACCAUUUCAACUCUCCAUGAUGAUGAGAUUUUGCCGAGCAAUCCAGCUGAUCUGUUCCAUUGGCUGCCCAAGGAACACAUGUGUGUUCUCGUGUACCUGGUAACAGUCAUGCACUCCAUGCAGGCAGGGUAUCUGGAGAAGGCCCAGAAAUACACAGACAAAGCUCUCAUGCAGCUGGAGAAGCUCAAGAUGCUGGACAGCAGCCCGAUCCUGUCAUCCUUCCAAGUCAUCUUGCUGGAGCACAUUAUUAUGUGCCGUCUGGUCACAGGGCACAAAGCCACAGCAUUGCAAGAGAUAUACCAAGUCUGCCAGCUGUGUCAGCAGUCCCCACGAUUGUUUUCUAACCACGCUGCCCAGCUCCAUACAUUACUGGGUUUAUACUGCAUCUCUGUGAACUGCAUGGAUAAUGCAGAGGCUCAGUUCACAACGGCUCUCAGGCUAACCACACACCAAGAGCUAUGGACGUUUAUAGUGACAAAUCUGGCAAGCGUUUACAUUCGUGAAGGCAACAGACAUCAGGAGCUUUAUAGUUUACUGGAAAGAAUAAACCCCGAUCACAAUUUCCCCGUCAGUUCUCACUGUCUACGUGCAGCUGCUUUCUAUAUCCGUGGACUCUUUUCCUUCUUCCAAGGCAGAUAUAACGAAGCAAAGCGUUUUUUACGUGAAACUUUAAAAAUGUCUAAUGCAGAGGAUUUGAACCGGUUGACGGCCUGCUCCUUGGUGCUUCUAGGCCAUAUUUUCUACGUUCUGGGAAAUCACAGGGAGAGCAACAAUAUGGUCGUCCCAGCUAUGCAGUUGGCCAGCAAGAUUCCAGAUAUGUCUGUGCAGCUGUGGUCCUCUGCUCUUCUAAGAGAUCUAAACAAGGCCUGUGGGAAUACGAUUGAUGCCCAUGAGGCAGCCCAGAUGCAUCAGAACUUCUCGCAGCAGUUGCUCCAGGAUCACAUCGAGGCAUGCAGUCUUCCUGAACACAAUCUAAUAACGUGGACGGACGGCUCCCCUCCUGUACAGUUUCAAGCUCAGAACGGACCCACUACAAGCUUGGCCAGCCUUUUGUGAAACCCUUGCUAAUAUCCUAAUGGACAGAUCCAGCCCUGAAAUGUCUGCACCCCGUUAAGCAUCCAGAAGUACAGGGAGAGCCUAAAACUGCUCCAGUCCUCUGUGUUUUCCACCAUUGGUGUGAUUGGGUUAAUGCAAGCCUUGGAGGAAGGGAUACUGUACUCGGGAUAAUGAGCUGCAGACUGCGUUCCGUACAUGCGGCUAAGGAGGCAUUUCUGCUCUAAACACUGACGUUGGGAACCGAGACGCGUAAUUCCAGUACUCUCCCACCCAAACAUGGCACCAUGUCCCUCUUUAAGUUUGUGGUGCGUUUUCAAAAGCUUGCACCUCCGCAUUAACACGGACAAGGAUUUAAGGAAAUUGGAAGGAGGAAAUACCGGAUUAGAACGUCGCGCCAUAUUUAAUAUCUGCCUUUAACAUUCUGUCUCCCCUCCCCGAUAGAUUUGUGAGAAGGGCAUUUUUUUAGAUUUUAUAUCCAUAAAAUAUAAAUAUAUAUAUAUAAAAUACUUAAAUUUUAUCAACGUUUAGCCUUUUCUGUGCACACAUGCGGUUUUUAUAAAGGGCGGGGGGUUGAAAUUGUCCUGGCCCCCCCUGCUCUCUUCUCUGGUGUGGAUUCAAAUGGAAUAUUCGCAGGGGGUAGAAACUUUUUUGCAGUUUGGAUAUAGUUUUGUAGUUUGGAGAAAUGACUCUUCAGACGGGAUUCAUUAUAUGCAGAAGUAUCGCUUAGCUGCCAGAGCAGCUGGUGGCAGAGAAAGGGUUAAUUAGUUGUCCCGAAAACACUGGGAUACUCGGUAGCGUAAAUAGAUUAAGGGUCUGUCUUUUUUUAAAUUAUUAGGAAAUAUUUUUUAAAAAAACCUUUUCUAUUUAUCAUGAAAAUACACAUGUACUUAUUGUAACCUGAAUCAUUUUUAAAGUCAUUUUUGAAGCCCUUAUAUGUUCGCAAUUCUUGUUGGUUUCCUUUUAACUCUUAAGUUGUUCUGUAAAUCCUUUGAGCUUCAGUUCCUUGUGAUUCUCCACUUGGUACGUGCGA